AUGUCAUUGUUUGAUCAGUAUAUCAGCGGAGGCAAUCCUUUUGAGAUACAAUCUUCUAUGAAAGAAGAUGAAACAGAGGAUGUGCUGGCGGCCAAUGGGUAUGAAUCUGAUGAGCUGGAAAAAAGUGCUUAUCAGGAGUACGACAGUGACAGCGAUGUUCCGGAGGAGCUAAAGCGGGAUUAUGUGGAUGAGCAGACCGGGGAUGCGCCAUCGAAGAGUGUUUCGAGAGAGACCCUGCGCAGCAGGAAGCGAUCAGAUUACAGCCUGAACAAGAUGAAUGCGCCCAUCCUUACCAACACAACGCUCAACGUAAUACGGCUUGUUGGAAAGUAUAUGCAGAUGAUGACUAUACUGAAACCUAUCGCCUUUGAUGUGAUCCACUGCAUGUCGCAGCUAUUUGAUUACUAUCUGUACGCCGUCUAUACAUUUUUCGGGAGAAAUGACGCAUAUGAAUCCACUGGCCUUGGUCUAAGCAGCAGUCGGCUCAGAACAACAUUAAACAGAAUCCAGGAAAGUCUCAUUGAUUUGGAAGUGUCUGGGGGGAAAAUGCUGGAUCUCUGGCACCGUCCGAAGAAAGAGAAAGAGAGAAAGUACCGAGUCCACAUCUCAGCCAUCUGGUGGUUUCUGACACUGACAUCUAGCAAUACUCUGUAUGGGCUCGCCCAAAGAGUGGUGGCUACAGAGUCCCUGGUCUUCUUGGCGGAGCAGUUUGAAUCUCUGCAGGCACAUCUGGACUCCGUGAUGCCGUCUGCUAAAAAGCCUUUUCUGCAGCAGUUCUAUUCUCAGACUGUGUCCACUGCCAGCGAGCUCCGCAAGCCAAUUUACUGGAUCGUAGCGGCGAAGGCUAUUGAUUAUGAGCAAUUACUUGUGCUUAUGGCGAACGUGAAAUGGGAUGUAAAGGAAAUCAUGUCACAGCACAAUGUAUAUGUUGAUGCUUUAUUGAAGGAAUUCGAACAGUUUAACAAGAAAUUGUCUGAGCUGUCAAAGCACGUCCGUAUGCCUUUGCCUGUGUCGAAUAUCCUCUGGGAACACUGUAUACGACUCGCUAACAGGACACUUGUGGAGGGGUACGCCAAUGUGAAGAAGUGCAGCAAUGAAGGGCGAGCUCUGAUGCAGCUGGAUUACCAGCAGUUCCUGAUGAAACUGGAGAAACUGACAGAUAUCCGGCCCAUUCCUGAUAAGGAGUUUGUGGAAACUUACAUCAAGGCCUAUUACCUGACUGAGAACGACAUGGAGCGAUGGAUCAAGGAGCACAGGGAAUAUUCCACGAAGCAGCUAACC